AUGGCGCACAAACUCUCCACGCCACCACCCCCGCCGCCUCACCGGGAGCACGUGAGGAGGACGCCGCCGCCCAAACCAUCGCCAAAGAGGGUGCCGACAACUUCAUCUCCGCCACCAAAGAGCUCUCCCGAGUAUCAUGGAGCACCACCGAGGUCUCCUGAGCAUCAUGGAGCUGGACAUCCACCACCGAGCUCUCCGCCCACCAAGGAACAUCCAGCAGCAGAGCCAAAGAGGCACCAUGGUGAUGGAGCUGCUACAGGGCCGCCACCUUCUUCUUCGCCGCCCAACAAGGCCGGCACUGUAACCUGGCGACCAAGGAGGGCCGGGCCGCCAUCGCCACCACCUUCGAGCAUAACGUGGCAACCAAGGCCCCUUGGCUUGGGCACCGCUCCCCCUACUGCGCCGUCAGCACCAUCUUCAGCAGCAGCUGCAUUCGUGGCAUCACCUGGUGUGCUCGGGAGGCAUCGUUAUGCUCCUGCUCGCACUGGUAGCCAUCGUCACUGGAGUCUGGAUACACUUGAAGCGGAGAAGGAACAAGGUGCACGGCGACAUCAUCCUGGUGGCCAUCAGCCUGGCGGUGGCAACAGCGGCAGCAGCAGCAGCCAGGAGCACCUCAUUACCAAAGUGGAGCCUCGACCAUCAUCGCAGUUGAAUGCCGGCAGGAAGAAGGCGGCUACUGGAGGCCCGCUGGUGCUCGCCACAAGUCUGCAUCCGGAAACGAUCCACUCUUUCGUGCUGCUGAUCCAGUGCAUGGCCAGCAGGGAAGCCGGGGAAACGUCAUGGAGGAUCCUCUCGUCGUCUUUCCUGCGUAUGAAGUUGACGAGCAGCCAAGGCUGUCCUCAGCCACUCCGGAGGAUGAUCCACUCUUCUCGACUGGUGGCUACUCUCAUCACCCAGCAGGCGAGAGAAUGGCUGACAACGAGACAAGGUAGCAAUGAAGGUAAGGUUUAA